UUUUUGUAGAAAUUAUUAUGUAACAAUUUAUUUUGGGUCAAAUCAAAAAUUUGUGAGCAAUAAUUCGAGAGUGAAAAUGAAAGCCAAUGCAUUGUAAUUUAUUAGCGAUGUUUUGGCAAUACUGAGUGUGUUGCGUAAACGUGAUGCGCAUUUUGUCAAAAUAUUGUCAUUUUUACAUUUGUCAAAAUAUUUCCCAAAGAUCUGCUCUUCAUUAGUGCUUUCUAUAUAUUUUUUAUUUUGGGUUGUCUACUCGGUUAAAUAACGACAUUACAUGUUAUUAUGAAACUGAAGAUCUAUAUAUGAAGUGUUGUUACGUUCUUGAAUAAAAAAAUUCAACCCCUACAUUCCAUGGGAUCUUACACUUCAAGGAGAAUGGAAGAAAAUGAUUUAAACUCAAGAUCUGGGUCUGAAGACGAUUCCGAUUACGAGACUGAACAUCAGUAUGCAGCCUUGUUGCAGAGUUUGAUAAAUAGUGGUCAAGUGGAAAUUAUGGAUGCAGAUUACUUAACAGAUGGUCCCAAAGUGCCAAAAAUUAAGUUUAAGCCAAACACUUCCAUACUUGAUAAAAGCGAAUUUUCAUUAUCGACGAAAAUGGCUUCGGGUUUAGGAGAACAAAGUCGAAAAAUCCCGUCUUCGCAGAAUAUAUCAAAUAUGGUUUUAAAUAGAGAAAAAGGCGUGUGUCCAUAUAGGAGUUUUUCAUAUGCCGAAAAGUGUAGAUUAAGCAAUAGAUUUUUACCAAAUAGUAUGUCGGUGUUAUCUUUUUACAACGGAAAAGUGUUUUGUGGUAUUUUUUCGAAAGAUGGUAAAAUGUUCAUAACCGCGUCUCAAGACCGACAAAUUCGAUUGUACAAGUCCGACGAUGCGUCCUACAAAUUAUUCAAUACUCUAAGUGCAAGAGACAUAGGUUGGAGUAUAAUAGACGUUGCAAUAAGUCCUGAUCAAAAUCAGUUUGUUUAUUCGACUUGGUCGUCUUCGUUACAUUUAUGUUCCGUAAACGAGAGCAGCCAUCAGGAGCCUCUUUGUCUCACCAACACUAGUCGUCGUUUUUGCGUUUUUUCCGUUGUAUUUUCAUCCGAUGGUAGAGAGUUUCUGGGUGGUGCGAACGAUGGUUCUUUGUACAUUUACGAUCUCCAAAGACGUGGCCGUACUUUAAAGAUCCCAGCUCAUGAAUAUGACGUUAAUAGUGUUGCUUUCGCUGACGAUUCUUCCCAUAUAAUUUAUAGCGGUGGAGAUGACGGUUUGAUUAAAGUAUGGGACAGGAGGACGUUGGAUGAGUCGUCAGUGAAACCGGUGGGAAAACUGGCUGGACACAUGGAUGGGAUUACCUUCAUCGACUCGAGAGGGGACGGAAGACAUUUGAUUUCCAACAGCAAAGACCAGAGCAUUAAGUUGUGGGACGUUAGGAUUUUUUCCGGGGAAAGGGCGGCGGAAAAGUCACUCAAGGCUGUGCACGAGCAGACGUGGGAUUACAGGUGGCAGCAAGUUCCUAAAAGACUGUUUACUUCCAAAGACAAACUAGAAGGCGAUACAUCAAUUAUGACCUACCGAGGUCACGUCGUAAUAAAAACCCUCGUGAGGUGCAGAUUUUCACCAGUGGAGACGACGGGCCAAAGAUUUAUUUACACAGGAUCUGGGACAGGAGAUCUUAUAAUUUACGAUUCUCUUACUGGCAAAAUAGAAGAAUUCGUCCACGGACACAAGGCCUGCGUAAGGGAUGUGGCUUGGCACCCUUACAGAAACGAAAUACUCACGUCUGCUUGGGAUGGGCGAGUCGGCCGAUGGACAUACGUAGAUAAAGACGCUUUACAUCAAAACGCUUGUGAAAAAAAUCGGCGUUCCAAUUAUGGGUCAAAGACGCAGACUGCUCAGAACCCGCCAAGACGGAGCGAACGACUUGCUUUAAAAAAGCAGUUGAUGGGUGUGGAGCUAUAGUUUAUGCAUGCUUAAUUAAAAUCAAAUUUUUUAAAUAUAUUUUUAUGGAGUAAUCUAAGAUUUGUAAGAGUACAACUAAAAAUACAAUAAAAACAAGUAAAACUUU